AAAACACACCCAAUAGAAGACUGAUUUUGCAUUGAUUUGUGGUCGUGUUAGGGAUACGCGUGUGCAUGCGCUUAAUUUCUUUUCUUUCUUUUUUUUUUUUUUUUUUACAGACAUCACCUGGAUUCAUUAAUUUUAGAGAAUGCUCAUGCUUGCGUAUCUGUUGUCAUGCUUGACAGUUGUCAAUACAGUAUCCACAGGUUCUCACUCACUGAUGGCUUUGGCAACAUAUAUAGUUGGACAGACACCAUUUCCUGAGUUCAGUGUUGUGGUGAUGUUGGAUGAUCUGCAAAUAAUGUAUUAUGACUCAACCACAUGGAAAGCUGUCUAUCGCACUAACAGUGAUUCAAAAUACUAUGAUGAAGAGCAAAGUGAUGCUGGCGUUGUGUUUCAAGACACGUAUAAUGGCAUGAAAUCCCGUGAUUUUUAUGUUAAGGAACACCUAAAUCACACAGAUGGUAUACAUGUUCAUCAGAGACUUGCUGGAUGUGAAUUGUUGAAUGAUGGUAAACCAGGUCCACUUCUGAGAUUUGAUGCUUUCGAUGGACAAAAUUUGGAGGAGGUGACCUAUGAUCUGGAAAAAAAUGAUAUCCAGAUGGAAAAGCCAUGGAUAAUACCGUGGGACCAAAUUAAACGGCAACAUAUGAAAUUUUUAUAUGAAAAUGUUUAUCAUCCUAUUUGCAUUAAAGUUUUGCGGAGGUACCUGCAUAUGGAAAAGAACAAUGUGAUGAGAAAAGUGAAACCCAGAGUCAGACUCAUGAGGAAGACACUCACAGACUCUCAAGGGCUUCAGAUCAGCUGUCUGGCCACUGGUUUUUACCCCCGUCACAUUAACCUGACUCUGUUCAGAGAUGGUCAGCUUGUGGAUGAUGAUCAGAUCACAGGAGGAGAGAUUCUUCCCAAUGGAGACGGAACUUACCAGAUGAGGAAGAUUUUGGAGAUCAGCGCAGAAGAAGUACGUGAGGAACAUACAUACAACUGUACAAUGGAGCACCUCAGUCUGGACAACAAACUGGACAUUACGUUUGAUGUGAAUGAAUCUGACCCAGGAUCCAUUAGUCUGUAUGUAGUUUUCUGUGUGCUGGUGUUAAUGUUUGUGGCUGUUCUCAUCAUACCUGCACUCAUAUGGAGGAAGACACAUGCUGCUGGACGAGGCUCUGAGACGUCAAAGAGUGAUUACUCCCUUACUUCAUCUUCCACGCAAGAUGAAACAUGAGUCUAAACAGGCCUAUAUUAAAUUCAAACUUAAAAUUAAAAAGCCUUAGCAUUUGCUCAGAGAUACCAUCAGGUUUUGUUAUGAUAAUGACCAUCAAGUGAUAUUUGAUUAAAACGACAAAGGAAUGUAAUAUAGUUACACUACAAUAAUGGAUAGUAUACAGUAUAUGCAACAUAAAAAUUAAGCCUGUUUUUCAUUGUUGUUGUUGUUUUGCUUGUCCAAGGUGAUCUGUGUUUUAUUAUUCUGCUGUUCUGUACUGUACACGCAGAACAACUUUACCUUUAGAAAAUUGUGAUAUGGAUAAUGGCAUUUGCUGCAAACAUGAAAAUGACCAUUCAAAGACAUAUAGCGAAUAUGGGUAGAACUCUUUUCUGCCCUAUACUUCAGAAAUCCUUUUAAAGGUAUACAUGUGAAUUAAACGUGGCACAAUGGCCUUCAUCAUCACAGUAUGCUAAUGCCUAUCUAGUGCGAGGAAUUCAUCAAAAUGCUGAUUGAGGACUGUUGGGACAUUCCAGGCACAGGAUGGUUCUGUCUGGAGAGACAGAGUCGUUUACACUUCAAUGACACAUCUGUACCAUUUGCUUCACAUGACAUAUAUGCUUUCAACUACAUACUAUUUAUCUACUAGUGUUUUCUAACAUGUAACUAUGUCAUGUUUGGUCUCAUCUGACAGCUUAUAAACUGAACUGAAUGGUAAUGUACUUAAUAGAGGUAUCCUAAUGUACAAUCUAGGUAUUGCUUAAACAUGCAUUAAGGAGAAUAUGUUAAUGUAUUUCUCCCCCUCUUGAUCACUGUCCAUUUGCCAUAUCUUUUGGUUUCCUGUGAGUUGGUUUUGGUGUUGGUAUUCCACUCAUGUAAACCAAUGCUUUGCUUAGGGUACAAGAAGGAAAGGUAACUGUUGAUCUAGAAGAAAGGCUUUUACGGCUUCUUCUGCACAGCAGUGCAUUAUUUGUUACUACUACUAAGUUUUUUAUACAGUAUGUUGUUCCAUUCUACUGUCUGUAUAUUUAAACAUGUAACUUAAUAAAUAACUCUGCCUGCUUUAAA